AUGCCGCAUCUGUACACGACGGAGGAAUAUGCCAACAUGCACCUCAUUUAUGGAGAAUGCAGAUACAAUGCUACUGCUGCGGCUAGACUCUAUCGUGAGAGAUAUCCAAAUCGUGAACGUUAUCCGGAUCAUCGAGUUUUUAUAAAUGUGCACCGGUUACUCUCAGAGGGUCGAUUCCCCAACCAAGUGACUAGUGAGGGAAGACCGAAUACUUCUAAUGAAGACAUGGUCUUGCAAGAAGUCAGUAGUACCUCAGUCCGUUUAAUUGAAGCAAGGACGGGGGUGUCAAAAAGUACAGCACACCGAAUUUUAAAGAGAAACGAGUUUCACCCGUACCAUGUACAACGAGUACAAAGUCUCCUGCCCCAGGAUUACCCUGCAAGGCUUGCAUUUUGUCAAACGAUGUUGCAAAAGUAUAGGGAAGAUGAAUCUACCCUAAAAAGAGACAGAUACAUGAAUCUGCAUAAUCUGCACGAGUGGCAUUUGGAAAAUCCACACUUAAUGCGAGAAGAUCGAUCUCAGUAUCGCUUUAAAAUAAAUAUGUGGACCGGCAUUUUAAAUGGAAAAAUUAUUGGGCCAUUCGAGUUACCAGAAAAUUUGACCGGCGAGGUUUAUCUGGAUUUUAUAGAAAACCAUUUACCAAAUUUACUGGAAGACGUCUCACUUGACAUUUACCGAAGCAUUUGGUUUCAACAAGAUGGCUGCCCAGCACAUUAUACUUGCUCAGUCAGAGAAUUUCUCGAUCUAGAAUACCGAGGUAGAUGGAUAGGACGGUCUGGUCCAAUUUCGUGGCCAGCCCGUUCACCGGACUUAAAUCCAGUCGACUUCUUUUACUGGGGAACGUUAAAAGAAAAAGUAUAUUCUAAACCACUUCAAAGUUUAAACGAAUUACGAGAAAAAAUUGCGGCAGCUGUUGAAGAGAUCAACUCGAAAAGCUACGCUCGUCUUGUAAACCGCUCUUUUUUAAGAAGAUGUAGGGCUUGCAUUUCGGCCGAAGGCAAACAAUUUGAACAUUUGUUAUGA